UUGUGAUGAUUGAUCAAAAAUAUAUUUGUUUGUUUAUUAAUUUUAUCAUAUUCUUCCUGGAUGAUGAGUAAAUUUAUGAAGGACUAAUCUGUAGUCGGCAAUGUAUUUAUAAUUAGAACGUGAUUAUUAAAUACAUAUCAACUAAAAAGUGCAAUCAACAGGAAAUCGUUUCAAGAGUAACAAAAUAAUGUUUGCAGACUUGUCAGAUCAAUGAGAAUUAUUUGAUACAUACCUAAAUAUAGAGGAAUAAUUUUUUGAAUAUUAUUUUCAGGUUCCUUUUUUUCCAUCUAGAAAAUAGAAAUGGAAAACUCCAAAGUUAAAGGUUUUAGAACAUUUAUAGAACUACCAGUUUUCUUCAUAUUGUUCAGUAUCGUUUUGCAGGGACCAGUAUUCACAAAUUUAAUUAUUUUUCGCACUUGUUAUGUUAACCUUGGAUAUAAUGUAUCGGAAUGUGCACUACUUGGAUCAGAAGAUAAAGAUAAUUAUACUCAGAAAUUGGAAUCUAUCGUUCAACCUUAUGCAAAUGUUAUAUCAAUGGUAGUGGGGAUACCGUCUGGAAUUAUUUCCGUAAUUUUAGCUUUAUUUAUUGGAUCAUGGUCGGACAAAUAUGGUAGAAAACCAAUUAUAGUAUUGACAACGGCAGGUCAUGUUGUAUCUCUGAGUAUGAUCACUGUUUUUUGCUUCUUCAAAAAUAUGUCGGCUUGGUAUUUGACCCUCACAUCAAUUCCUAUUAUUCUAUGUGGAGGUUUUGCAUCAGCACUCACUGUUUUAUUGAGUUACGUCACUGAUAUUACUGACGAGAACAGUAGAGGUUUAAGGUUGGUUGGAUGGAUGAGAAACAUUUUCAUCAAAAUGGGCAUAUUUGAGGUGGUGCUAUCGAUAGGCAUGCUUGUAGGAAUGAUUUCUAGUUCAUAUAUAUUUAAUGCAGUAGAUUAUGUAGGAGUCUUUGUGAUAGCAACUGGAUCAUAUCUUAUAGCCUUAUUAUAUUCAAUAUUUAUUCUUGAAGAAUCUCUUCCCAAUGUACAGACAGAGGGAAAGUUUGACAACUUAUUCAAUUUCAACGAAAUUAAGGAAAUGACUGCUACAACUUUCAAGAGAAGACCAAACCAUAAACGACUCCUCAUCAUGCUUUGCCUCACAAUAACUUCUUUAUUCAUAUUUGCGGUUAUGUCAGAAGGAGGUUCUUUAUAUCUUUAUCUACGCCUGAAGUUCGAAUGGACCCUGAAGGAAUAUACAUUGUUCACUAGUGUCAGAGAUGUAGCUUCAAUUGGUGGCACAAUUUUUGGUGUAUACAUGCUACAUAAGAAACUCAAAGUUGAUGAGAGCAUUUUGAUUUUAAUGGGUUUGAUUUCUUGCUUGGACGGAACACUUGUUCAGGGUUUGGCUAGUACAAAUAUGCAUAUCUAUUUCGGGGGUUGUGUCAGAUUUUUGACUGGAAAUGUGAGUCCCAUGCUACGUUCCUUGAUAUCAAAAAUAGCUGAGGCAGAUGAAGUGGGUAAAAUUUUUUCCGUAUUGAUUAUGUUUGAAAAUAUUCUGCAAAUGUUAGGUGGACCGCUCUAUACAUUCAUUUAUAAUUAUACGUUGGAUACACAUCCUGAAUUCUUCAAUUUCGUUACUGCAGGAAUUUUGGGAGUGACAGUCAUACUAACUAUAAUUUUGGCUGUGAUUCAUCUCAGAUCGCCAGCUGAACCAAGAUUCGCAAUUUUGUAUGACGAUCCUUCGACUACCAAUGAAAUUACUAACAAUGGGUGUUGAGGGAGAUAACCUUUAACUUUUUAGUAUACAGAUUAACGUACCUGCGAAAUGAUUAUGUUAUUUUUUCAAGAAUAAAGUAACUGUGAUAGUGGAGGAAUUAUGUGAUAUGGAAAGGUAUAUAAGGUUUUAAAUUGGAUGGAAUAUGUUACUUAUUAUAUUAUACGAAUCCUAUUGAUAUUUUUAUAUCAGUUUUAUAUAUAGGUACGAUAUACAUAAUUAAUAAAAUAAUAAAUAAAAAAAUAAAAUAUUUUCAAAAUGAA